UUUAAAAGGAAGCUGAAUUGGUAGCUUGUUGAAAGUGUCAAAAUGUAUUCUACAAUGGAGAACAAUUACACAGAAGAGAACGACACUGACGUCAUACAAGUUCCUAUUUUUCUUUACUUCAUGAUAGAAUCUUCUGUAAUCUCUCUGAAUGCCAUCAUCGGGGCACUUGGAAACGCUUUGGUGUUCUUAACGGUUUACUCGAUCCCGUCUCUGCAUACUGUUUCGAACGUACUUCUUGCAAGCCUCUCUUGUUCAGACUUCCUAUCGGCGGUUAUUGGAGCACCAUUGGCAAUAUACGUGAAUAUAAACUCAGGAGUAACUUUCAGGGAUACUUCACUAAAAGGAGACGUGUUUUACAUACCACUCUAUAUAUCUUGUCCUGUUUCAGUGUGGCAUCUAUUUUUCAUUUCACUUGAUCGGUAUUUUGCAAUCUCCUAUCCAUAUAAAUACCAGAUGCACGCAACAAUCCAGAGAGUAUUUUACUUCAUCAUACUAUCGUGGGUGCUCGGAAUCGUGUGGGGCAUAGUUCCGUUGUUCGGUGGUUUAGAGAUAGAUGAGGACUGCCUCCCGGAUGUUUGUAAAACUUACAGUAAAUCAGCUCAUCAAGUUUACGAAAUAAUGAGCGCAGUUGGUAUAUUUUUAACAUUUAUUACAAUUAUCAUAAUUUAUGCCAGAAUAUUUUACAUUUCAAAAAAGCUUUCCAAUGAUAUACGGCCAAGACCAUGUAACUUGCCAGUUUCAAAAGAAAAUAAAGACCGAGCUUCACUAAUAAACACUAUUAAAGUUACCGCAAUGGUGGUUGGAGGGUUUUUCCUUUGCUGGUCACCAAUGUUCGUGUAUAUGAUCGCUCAGAAUAAGCCUGAUAACGUAUCGCUAAACAUUCUCAGGCUAUGUGCUGAAAUAGCAAGUCUCUGUAGUUUGUCAGUGAAUCCGUUUAUUUACAACUUUAAGUUGAAGACUUUUCGAAAUGGCUUUCGACAAACGAUUAGAAAAAUAGCCAGAAUAUGUAAACGCCAACAAUUUGAUUGA